GGCUUCAGUAGUUCUGCAUCCAUCAACCGACCGAGAAGACGCAACUCAACCGACGCUCGCCCCUCAGCUGAACAUAUGGCAAAAACAGCCCUCUUUCUUUCUUAUAUCGUUGUGCCCACUACUCUUUAAAAAUUCCGCCGAAAAAGAGAAGACGAUUUUCCAAAACAUUCUGGCCGUUAUCUCACGGCUCCCCUGUCUCUGCACAGGUGUAUGAGCGCUACCCAGAGGGCCUAGGGGCGGCUCUUUACCGGGAGCACUUUGACUUCAACGCUGAGCCACCUUGGGAUCCUAGCUGAUAGCGGGACAGGUCCAUCUCCUGACUUGUCCAUUUUGUUGCAUACCGGCAGGACCCCAUUGGCUCAGUCGUGACCCCUUGACUUGUGUAUCUGUUCUUUAUGAUUGUUGGCUUAGCGGAAUACGGUUGAGAUGAAAGGACUCGCUGACAAACCCAGCUACAUCAUUGAACUCCUGGAGGGAGGAGUGACCCUUGAAGAUGUCAUUGACGGACACAUCUGCGAGCAGGCUCUGGUGGAGAAGAGUGCGUUUGUGGUGGGCGAUCUCGGUGCCCUGAUGCGGCAACAUGUGUGUUGGCAGAGCGUAGUGCCACAGCUGCAGCCCUACUACCCAGUCAAGUGCAACAGCAGCCCUGCAAUCAUCGAGGUGCUGGCCUCCUUGGGCCUGGGCUUCGUUUGUGCCAACAAGGCGGAAGUGAGCCUGGUGCUGGAGCACGGCGUGCCACCAGAAAACAUAAUUCUGUCAGGUGUUUGUAAGCAGCUGGCACACAUCAAGCACGCUGCCAAGAACAACAUCCAGCAUCUUGUAUGCGAAAAUGAGGCCGAGUUGUCCAAGAUUUCCCGCCUGCACCCUAAUGCAAAGUUGCUGCUGCAGUUGACCACUGAGGCCCACGCAGCUGAGACCAGCAUGGCUUUUGGCUUCACUCUGAAGAGCUGCCGGCACCUGCUGGAAGCAGCCAAGGAGCUGGGAGUCCAGGUGGUGGGGGUUACCUUCCACAUCCCCAGCUCCUGCCAAGACUUGCAACAGGCCUACACACAUGCAUUGUCAGAUGCCCGCUGUGUGUUUGACAUGGGGGUGGAUCUGGGCUUUAACAUGAACAUCCUGGACAUUGGUGGUGGAUUUACUGGCUCAGAGUUUCAGCUCAAACAGGUUGAGUCUGCUGUCAGGCCGCUACUGGAUGCUUACUUCAGCCCACUAUCCGGUGUGCAAGUGUUGGCCCAGCCAAGCAGCUUCUACGUGGCCUCAGCUUUCAGUCUGGCUGUCAAUGUGAUUGGCAAAAAGGUGGUGACUCGCCACUGGGACAGCCUAGCUCAAGGUGAAGAUACUGAGUUCCUGUACUACAUGAAUGAGGGUGUUUAUGGCCCAUUCAACCGCAAGCUGCUGGGAAACUCCAUCGCUGCCCCGUCAGUGCACAAGCAUGUGCUGUGUGCUGAGGAGGCUGUGUAUCCCAGCAGCCUGUGGGGCCCGUCACUGGACCAGCUGGACCAUGUGGUGGAGCGCUGCCUGCUGCCUGAGCUCAGUGUGGGAGACUGGCUUCACUUCUCCAACAUGGGAGCGUGCGGCCUGGAGGAGUUCAGCUCCUCCCAGCUGCCGGUCUACUACACUGUCUCCACCUCUGACUGGUACGAAAUGCAGGAGGCCGGUGUGGCACUGGACAGUGCCAUGAAGAAUUUCUCCAUGGUCCAGUACAGUGCAUAACUACCCUCUACCCCUGUCCCAUAUUAUAUUGCACAGAUCCUCCUUAGCCUCUGCUUUCACCAUGUGAGAAGAGGGGUCCGCGAGGUAUUUGGGACAAGGGGCUAAAUGUGGUCAACAUUCCAGCCACCUUGGAAAAUGCAGUGUCCUAUUAUUUCUUCCCGGAAUUUGACUUUUUUUUUUACCUCUCGAAAUUGGAAACAAUUGGUUGUUCGAUACCUCAAUUGUCUAAAAUUUGAUAGGGAAGAUAAUCUUCAAAUUUUUUCUCCUCCCUCUGAUGGACUCUUAAAAAAAUCUGUCAGCUAAAAGAACUCCAGCCCAAACUCAAAUGACAUUAUGCAACAAAAUGGACGACUCCUUGGAGAUGGGACCCCCCCAACAUGUUUGGGGUGGUUUGUUUCCUAAAUCAAUACAUUACAAAAUGUACAAUUGAUUUAAAUCAUGUUCUCUAUUGAUUACCUGUUGACAGUCGUGUAAAUCCUGUGUCUGUUCAACACCAAUACAUUUUGUCUGUUGAUGAUUUUUUUAAGUGUUUAAAAGAAUCAAUGCCUCAUAUGGAUUCUGUAUUUCAGACCCCUCACUUUGCAUAGUUUAAAUGAAAUUAUGACAAUGACGUAACCUCUUUCUUUAUUACAGCUCACCACAAUGCAUUUUUAUUUAUUGGAUUCAGAUAUUACCGGGGCAAAUUUAAAGCUCCAUCUUUUAAGUGUUUUGCCCAGGUAUUAUGCUGUGGCCCAUCUAACAGUGUUUUCCUGAUAAGAUAUUGAUGUGUUUUUUAACGCUACAUGGAUUAAGUGUGCUGUGAUUGCCAUUUGUGACCUCAGUGGUUUCCCUUUACUCGAAAGGCAUGAAGGAACUGCUGUGGUAGAUUCUCUGUACACUGAGCUACAGCUUGAAUACAGAGAAGCUGCAUACACCCUAAUGCACCCCUUGCCUCUUAUAGAGAGGUUAAUCUGGUUUAAAAUGCACAAAAUCUUUUGUAGGUUAAAGAAAUACUGUAACAUUUAACAACGCAGGCCUGAUUUUUCAGAUCUUCAUAUUAGUGUCUCUUGCCAAGGGAUUGGUCCUUGUUCUCCCAGGAUCUGAAAAACCAGCAAAGGCGCUAUUUCUGAAGAGUGCUCAAACGUAAAUUAUCUGUAUGUGGAGGAUGUGGACUUACACGUCUAUAUUCCUCACGUGAAAGACAUGCUAGUUGUACACAGACCUCUCUGAGGCUGUGCAAGUGACAAAUAACAUGUCAGACUUUUCCUCAUGCCUCUCUAAAGUUAUGAGGGACAUAAUGCACAGUCUCUUGUACAGCUAAAUGUCUAAUAAUAUUAAAGGUGACCUGACUCAAAUGCAGUUUUUAAAGAAUCCUGCCCUUGUGUGUUACAAAUGACUAAUGUAUUAAUUACUUGCUUGUCUAAGGCACUAAUGGACCAUAGCCUGUUUUUGACUGUAAAUUGUGCUUGUUAAAGUAAUUAAUUUAAUACAUUUCUGACUGAAAUUA